CGGUUUGUGCAUGUGCGGCUUGGCGAUGGAUGGUUUCCAGAGUGUGAAACAAAUCAACGAGUUAUCAGCAGGUGGGACUGGGAAAGGUGGCGACCGGCAGAAAACAGACUGAGAAAAGGUAAAUCGGAGAGGAGUUCUUACCCGUACGGCAGGGAGUCCAACCCACACUGCCAUCAGGCGGUUCUGGGCGGCGAGCUGGCGAUGGGCAGCCCCAGCGCGGCGUCGCCCACCAAGCCGGCGGGUCAGUACUACCAGCACUACGGGUCCAACCCGCGCAGGAGAGCGCUGCACAUGGACGCCAUGGAAGUCCACACAAAAAAGUGCGGAAGGUCCCUCCCGGCUUGCCGUCCUCAGUAA